AACAGCACGCGUUUUCUAUAAUGGUAUAUGUUUAAAGGGCUGUUGUUGUUUUUUUUUUAAAAUGUUUUGAGAAUAUAUUUUUUCAGAGAAGUUAUUAACGUUGAGGGUAAAAUAGUAAGAUAAGUAAGAUAAACGCGUUGCUACAGCUCCGUCCCCUACACACACACACACACACACGCACGCACGCACGCAGAGAAGAUACUCUGUAUCCUAGCAACGGCGCAGUUUAACUUUACGUAUUAGCUUGGUUGUUUUUAUCGUUAGCUACUGGGCUGCAUUAUCAUAAUAAAAGCUGUAGAUUUAAUUUGAUUUUGUGCUCUUGUAAAAAGUGUGUGAUGGAGAACGUUCAUCUUGUGACUGAGGAUGAAGAUGAUCUGUAUUCAGGCUACAAUGACUACAAUCCCACAUUCGAUUCAGAGGAGCUGGACAAUGACAUUGGCUUUCAGCAAGCUGUGAGAACGAGUCAUGGCAAACGACCACCUAUGACUGCAAAAUUUCCUGGCACUGCUGUUGGAGGAAGACCCGUAGGAACGUCUUUUGGCCUACGGACAGCUAUGGGUUCGUCAAUGGGAAGGCCUAUGACCGGGGCAGUGCAGGAUGGGGCUGCUCGUCCUAUGACUGCAGUGCGAGCAGCAGGAUACUCGUCCUCUUUGACUAGAGGCUCUACUUUUGAUCCACUUGGACAAUCAAGAGGGCCAGCUCCUCCAUUAGAAGCAAAAAAUGAAGACACGCCAGAAGAGAAGAUUAAGAUAUUGGAAAAGAAAGUAAAUGACUUGAUCGAGGAGAGCUGUAUGGGCCAUGCAAAUGGCGAUCUACAGCUGGCUCUAGAAAAGGCCAAAGAAGCUGGUAGAAAAGAAAGAGUGCUGUUGAGACAAAGAGAGCAAACUGGCACUGCAGAUCAUAUCAAUUUGGAUUUAACCUAUUCAGCGCUGUUUAAUUUGGCAAACCAGUAUGCUAACAACGACAUGAACACAGAAGCGUUGAACACUUACCAGGUCAUUGUGAAGAACAAGAUGUUUAACAAUGCAGGACGACUGAAAGUGAACAUGGCUAAUAUUUACUUUAAACAGAAGAACUACCCCAUGGCAAUUAAAUUUUAUCGUAUGGCUUUGGACCAAAUCUCUAAUGUACACACAGAGAUGAGGAUCAAGAUCAUGCAGAACAUUGGUAUUGCAUUCAUACGCAUGGGCCAGUACUCGGAUGCCAUAACCUCCUUUGAGCACAUUAUGAGUGAGAGUCCAAACAUAAAGACAGGCUUCAACCUAAUUCUAUGCUACUAUGCCAUUGGAGACCGUAAAAUGAUGAAAAAAUCUUUCCAGAAACUAAUCUGUGUGCCCCUGGGCAUUGAUGAGGAUGAGAAGUACAUCCCUUCAAAUGAUGACCCCCAUGCAAGCUUACUGAUUGAAGCCAUCAAAAACGAUCAGCUUCGUCAAAUGGAACGAGAGAGAAAAGCUCUGGCUGAGAAGUACAUCAUGACUUCAGCAAAGCUUAUUGCUCCAGCCAUUGAGUCCACUUUUGCAGCUGGUUUUGACUGGUGUGUAGAUAUGGUUAAAGGGUCGCAGUAUGUGGAGCUGGCCAAUGAUCUAGAGAUCAACAAAGCUAUCACCUACCUGAGACAGAGGAACUUUAACCAGGCAGUGGACACACUGAAAGCCUUUGAGAAGAAAGACAGCCGGGUGAAGAGUGCUGCUGCUACCAACCUUUCCUUUCUCUACUUCUGGGAGAAGGAUUUUGACCAAGCUGAUCGCUAUGCUGAAUUGGCCAUGAAUGCUGACCGCUAUAAUCCUGCUGCCCUCAUUAAUAAAGGCAACACAGUGUUUGUGAAGCAAGACUAUGAGAAAGCAGCUGAGUUUUAUAAAGAAGCACUGCGGAACGACUCGUCCUGCACAGAGGCUCUUUACAAUUUAGGGUUGACCUAUAAGAAACUGGGGCGGCUGGAAGAAGCCCUCGACUGCUUCCUGAAGCUCCAUGCCAUCCUUAGGAACAGCGAUCAAGUUAUGUAUCAGCUGGCCAAUCUAUAUGAGAUGUUGGAAGAUCCUCACCAGGCUAUUGAGUGGCUCAUGCAGCUGAUCAGUGUCACCCCCACUGACCCUCAUGUACUGGCCAAACUGGGAGAGUUAUAUGACAACGAAGGCGACAAGUCACAAGCCUUCCAGUACUAUUAUGAGUCUUUCAGAUACUUUCCGUCGAACAUUCAUGUCAUUGAAUGGCUGGGAGCAUAUUAUAUUGACACACAGUUUUGUGAAAAGGCAAUUCAGUAUUUUGAAAGAGCAACACUCAUCCAGCCAAAUCAUGUUGUAUGGCAGCUGAUGGUGGCUAGCUGUUACAGGAGAAGUGGAAAUUAUCAGAGAGCACUUGAGACCUAUAAGGACAUUCACCGCAAAUUCCCUGAAAACGCAGAAUGUCUACGAUUCCUUGUGAGGUUGUGCACAGAUAUGGGGUUGAAGGAGGUACAAGAUUAUGCCACCAAACUCAAAAAAGUGGAAAAGAUGAAGGAGAUCAGAGAACAGAGGGUGAAGUCAGGGAGGGAGAACAGUGCUCGAGGCCGUAGAGAAGGCAGUGCCAGUAGUGACAGUGGACAGAGCAGCCAUGGUGCAAGUGCCAAAGGGGAGAGGCUAGGUGUCAAGCUGAGGUCACUUCCAGGGCCACAUGAACCUUAUGAAGCAAGCACCCCAGGGGACAUAGAUGCUUCUUAUGUUGACCCUUUGGGGCCACAAAUGGAAAGACCGAAGACUGCAGCAAAGAAACGCACAGAGGAAGAUGAGUUUGCAGACGAAGAGCUGGGGGAUGACCUACUGCCAGAAUGAUGGGCUAUUUGUGUGCUGUACUCUCAUCACAUGGAUUUAUUUAAGAGUUUUCCUGUAGUACAUAUGUAAGCAUAAUGUAAACACCUGACUGUCCUACAUUUGUAUAAAUUCAGUUUCUUAAAGAGAAUAGGCUUGUUCCAGGCCACUGAACACACUGCUGGAUAGACAUAUAUGUAUGUAUAUUAUAAAGUGUGUGAAUCUCAAAUUAUGUUUGUAACAGGUGGAGACAAUAAAUU